AUGAUUCGUUUCAAUGAUUCGCAUUUACAUUAUACAUGUUUCAUUAUUAUACUAUGUCCUCUUGUAUGGAAUAUUUUCGCACGUCUAUGUUAUGCAUUGAUACCAAAAAAUACUUCGAAAUAUAAACGUUAUAUUGUAUGUUAUUUAUUAACGAUAUGGAUAUUUUCAUUUUCAUCCUAUCGAGAUUAUCUAAUUCGACAAACAAUACAAAAUCAACCAAAAUUUAUAUUAAUAGAUGAUUAUUCUCAAGUUAUAGAAUAUAUUUCUGUUCUAUUAUUUCUUGUUGGACAAAUAUUUGUUUUAUCAUCAUUUUAUCAAUUGGGUAUUACUGGAACAUUUUUAGGCGAUUAUUGUGGAAUUCUGAUGGAUGCGCCAGUAACAACAUUUCCAUUCAAUAUAUUAAAUAAUCCAAUGUAUAUUGGAUCAACAUUAUCCUUUUUUGCUUUAGCAUUAUAUUAUGCUUCACCUGUUGGUAUUUUACUUACAAUAGAAGUUUACCUAGUUUAUCAAAUCGCAUUGUUAUUUGAAGAACCAUAUACAAAAUGGAUUUACGAACAGAAAAACAAAUAA